AUUCCGAUAAAGUUUUCAGGUCGACUGAGUUCGAAUUCUCAAAUAGCUCGAGAAUAAUUAUCUGGACGACUGGGAGAGUGCGCACUUCCGGUACGAAGCCAACGUGAUUAAAGAUGAAGCCUAUUAUGCUUCAUGGUCAUGAGCGUUCAAUAACGCAGAUCAAGUACAACCGUGAGGGUGAUCUUAUCUUCUCCUGUGCUAAAGACUCUCAGCCCAAUGUCUGGUACUCUCUCAAUGGCGAAAGACUUGGCACAUUUAACGGACACAAUGGAGCUGUGUGGUGCAUUGAUGUCAACUGGGACACAACCAGAGUACUAACUGGUUCUGCUGACAACACCUGUAAAUUAUGGGAUACAGAAACAGGUGUCAGUUUGAAUUCAAUUGCCACUGAUACAGCUGUUCGCUCAUGUGGAUUCUCUUAUAGUGGAAACACGAUUAUGCUGACUACAGACAAAACCAUGGGUUUUCCGUGUGAAAUUCGCAUCUAUGAUGUCAGAGAUGGUAGCCAACUAGAAUCUGGUGAGCCAUCACAGAGAGUCGCUUUACCUACAUCAGAUGCUAAGAUCACUUCUGCUAUAUGGGGGGGACUAGAGGACUUCAUACUGACUGGACAUGAAAACGGGGAAGUAUGCCAGUUUGAUGUAAAGACAGGAGAAAAGAUUGCAUCAGAGAAAGGACACAAUAAGCAGAUCAAUGAUAUCCAGCCAUCUAAAGAUGGCAACUGGUUCAUUACAGCCUCCAAAGAUUUUACUGCGAAGUUGUUUGACAUGCAGACCUUGGAACCAUUGAAGACUUAUCGCACUGAGAGACCUGUCAAUUCAGCUUCCAUAUCACCCUUGUUUGAUCAUGUUGUCGUUGGUGGUGGACAGGAAGCUAUGAAUGUGACCAUGACCUCAACAAAGAUCGGUAAAUUUGAUGCCCGGUUUUUCCACAUGGUUUUUGAAGAAGAAUUUGGAAGCAUAAAAGGCCACUUUGGUCCAAUCAACAGCCUUUCAUUCCAUCCUGAUGGUAAAAGCUACAGCAGUGGUGGUGAGGAUGGCUAUGUUCGAGUACACUACUUUGACCAGAUGUAUCUGGACUUUCGUUUUGAAUACUAGUGGUGGUGUUAAUUUUUGUUGUGAUGGACACAGUAAACAUGUGCAGACAGUC